UUUUAGGCAGGACUCAAGGGAACUGAAUCCAGUCUGCAGAAGAAGUGACAGCACAAUGGACAAGCUCACUAUCUGGACAGGGCUGGGGCUCCUGCUGUGUCAUCUGGGAUGUGCAACUGACCUGGUGUGUUAUUUCACCAACUGGUCCCAGUACCGACCAGCACCAGGAAAGUACCUCCCAGCAGAUGUUGACCCCAACCUCUGCACCCAUUUGAUCUACGCCUUCUCUGUCAUCAAUGAUGCCAAUGAGCUGGCCACCUAUGAGUGGAAUGAUGAGACCCUCUAUCAGUCUUUCAAUGGACUUAAAACAAGGAAUCCCAAUUUGAAAACACUUCUAGCUGUUGGUGGAUGGAACUUUGGCACAGCAAAGUUCUCCAGUAUGGUCUCAACACCGGCCAACAGGCAGAAAUUCAUCCAGUCCUCCAUCACCUUCCUGCGGAGGCAUGUCUUUGAUGGGCUGGAUUUGGACUGGGAGUACCCGGGGUCCAGGGGCAGCCCACCUGAGGACAAGCAGAGAUUCACCCAGCUGUGUAAAGAACUCCUGGAAGCCUAUGAAGCGGAGGGAAGAAACACUGGACGUCCACGACUGAUGCUGACCGCAGCAGUGGCCGCUGGAAAGGAAACGAUCGAUGCAGGCUAUGAAAUCGCUGAAAUUUCUAAGCACCUGGACUUCAUUAGUGUGAUGACGUAUGACUUCCAUGGAACAUGGGAGAGUUUCACUGGACAUAACAGCCCGUUGUUCAGGGGGUCAAAGGACACUGGAAAUCUCAUCUACUUCAACACGCACUUCAGCAUGACGUACUGGAAGGACCAGGGUGUACCUGCGGAGAAGCUCAGGAUGGGGUUCCCCACCUACGGCCGAACGUUCCGCCUCUCAUCCGCAGACACGGGGGUCGGAGCGCCAGCCAGCGGAGCCGCUUCUUCUGGAACCUACACCCGAGAAGCUGGCUUCUGGUCCUACUAUGAGAUUUGCACUUUCCUCCAAGGCACCAGCAUCCAGUGGAUUGCAGAUCAGAGAGUUCCCUACGCUGUUAAAGGGAGCGAGUGGGUGGGCUUUGACAACCGAGAGAGCUUUGAGACCAAGGCCCACUACCUCCAUCAGAACGGGUUUGGGGGAGCUAUGGUUUGGGCUCUGGACCUAGAUGACGUCACUGGGCAGUUCUGUGGACAGGGCAAAUACCCACUGAUCAGCCACCUAAAAACCCUUCUGAUGAACAGCACGUCACCUCCUGUCCCACCAAACACUGCUGCUCCGGGGAAACAGACCACAGCCAAACCCAUUACCACGACCAAUCAGAAAAUCACCCCAGAAAAGCCGGAUCAGGAGUUCUGCAUCGGUAAAGUCGACGGGCUUCAUGUCAACCCAAAAGACAGAGGUACCUUCUACCAGUGCACUCACGGCAAGACCUGGCUCCAAAACUGCCCUCCAACCCUGGUCUACAGAGAGUCCUGCAAGUGCUGCGACUGGCCAUGAAGUGACCCGCUUUCACACAACCACUGCUCCGAUACCUCUGAAGAGUUCUUGUGCAUUAGUUAACUUAUCUUCAACUUGUCUUCAAAUCAGCUAACAAGAAAGGUAUUCGCCUUAUUCACCCGCCGGCCAGAACGAGGCUACAGGGUACACUUGCCAUUACACCUCAGUCCAGCAGAUGGUGGUAAUGCACUCCGUUUGUAAACUGCCAAAAAAAGCUCACCGAAAAAGAAGGGUUCACUGGCCUGUUCUUUGGGUUCACUCUGCCUUUGUUUUUGCUUUUUGAUUAAAUUUAACUGCUUUUGGCUAAAAAGAAAUAAUGAAAAUAGAGAAAAAGAAUGCUUAAUACUUUAUACAAAUUAUUCCAUUAUUAAAAGGAAAUUACUUUCUGGCUAUGAA